AUGGGCACCUCAGCUAAGGAACUUACAAAUUUCAUUAACAAGUACCAUAAAUUGGCUAUUAUCGAUAUUCUGCAUGUAUUUACAGACAUUACAGAAAGUACUAAUAUAAAUACAAGAGACGUCACAUUACUCGACAUAAAUAGCUCUUAUGUGACUCUUAAAUGGAAACAAAACAUGUACAAAGUGGAAUCGGCUUAUUUAAAAGAAGCCAGUAGUAAACAAGAGGUCUUCUUUCAAAUUGCAGAAGAUGCUGCUAAAAAUCGUAACGUAGCACCUGUACGUAUAACUAAAGUUCUAUGGCCAAUUGACCCAUUAGGGCUUUUGGUGAUUUUCGGUGUUUUAUUACCACCAAUAGUUUAUGUCUAUCGUCCUUUUUUAUAUUGGAUUCCCAUAAUACCUUCGGUUAUUACUCCAUAUUUAGAUAAUGAUAUAGUAUUAAUCAUUAUAAUGAUUUUAGAAUUUUUAAUCCAUAUAUGUGAAACGUUUUUCAUUCUAUUACCAAAAUUGAAAUAUUAUAGAGUUCCAUAUAAGCAUUAUAAAUGCUGGUAUUUCCUAGGGUUUUUAGAGGGAUUUGGCCCUUGUUUAAGAAUUGAAAAGGAAGCCGCUUUAAAAUUGUCAAAAUAUAAGAAAUAUUAA